AUGGUAUCUCUUUCUGUGCUGGCAAGGGGCCACUAUUUCCAACAAGUUUACCCAACUAGGCUCUUGAAAAGCAACUCACCUCUGUCCCUAUCUUCCUUAUCGCUGUCUUUGUCACAGAACUCGAACGAUUCUUCUCUCACGGAUUCUUCUCCUCCGCUGACUCAGAAGAUCACAUUGGCCCUGCUCCGGAUUGCUCCACCUGAAAGAAGAGAAGUCACGGUGGCUAAGGAUGUUGAACAGCACGAUACAUGUUCGAGUGGUGAAGACUUGAAGAGGUGCAACUGGAUUACAAAGAAUAGUGAUAAAGUUUAUAUACAAUUCCAUGAUGAGUGCUGGGGAGUUCCAACCUAUGAUGACAACCAAUUGUUUGAGCUGCUUGCCAUGUCUGGUAUGUUGAUGGAUUUCAAUUGGACUGAGAUUCUAAAAAGAAGAGAACCAUUGAGAGAAGCUUUUGCUGAAUUUGAUCUCAACGUUGUCGCCAAAAUGGAGGAGAAAGAGAUCACGGAAAUAGCCUCCAACAAAGCGUUAAUGUUAGCAGAGAGCAGAGUUAGUUGCAUAGUAGACAAUGCCAAAUGCAUAGUGGAGGCAAGUUUUGAGUAAUUAAUUAGUCUUUGCAGUGUUUUACGAUGAAUUUUCACCAACAUAGAUUAAAUUGGUCAUUGUACUUUUAUUUUUGACAUAAAUGUAGGUUAUGAAGGAAUUUGGAUCUUUCAGUAACUAUAUAUGGGGAUAUGUGAAUUACAAACCGGCAAUCAACAGAUACAAAUACCCGAAAAAUGUUCCUCUGAGGACUCCAAGAGCAGAGGCUAUCAGCAAGGAUUUAUUGAGGCGUGGAUUCAGGUUCGUGGGGCCAGUGAUUAUCAAUUCAUUCAUGCAAGCUGCGGGAAUGACAAUCGAUCAUCUUGUAGAUUGUUUUCGGUUUAAUGAAUGCGUAAAUCUAGCAGAAAGACCUUGGAGACAUGUCUAACCUAAACUUUAUAUUAACUUAUUAAAUUUUUUUGUGAAAUUGUUUAUUAGAAGCAACAUCAUCAAGCAGUCAAAUUCAUAAGUUGAUUAUUGAA